AGUGCAGCCAUGGCCACCCUCGUGCCCCGCACCGUCCUCAUCACCGGUUGUUCCUCCGGCAUCGGCCUCGCCGUCGCCGUGAGGUUGGCGCAGGACCCCCAGCAACGCUUCCAGGCUUAGGGAACAUCAUCCCGGCUUGACCCUCCGACCCCGGCUGGCAUCUGGGGUCCCCCUGACCGGGGCUGGGGCUCCCCGCAGUCAUCGCCACCAUGCGGGACCUACGGAAGAAGGAGAAAUUGGAGGAGGCGGCCGGACCGGCGCUGGGAAAGACGUUGAGCAUCCAACGCCUGGAUGUCUGCAGCGACAGCUCGGUGGCAGAGUGCAUGGAGAGCAUCCCCGGGGGACGGGUGGAUGUGCUGGUGAAUAACGCCGGCGUGGGGCACGUCGGUCCGGUGGAGAGUAUCAGCGUGGAGGAGAUGAAGCGCAUCUUCGAGACCAACUUCUUUGGGGUUGUGAGGAUGAUCAAAGCCGUCCUCCCCGACAUGAAGCGGCGACAGAGCGGUCACAUCGUGGUCAUCAGUAGCGUCAUGGGGCUGCAGGGGAUCGUCUUCAACGACGUCUACGCCGCCUCCAAGUUCGCCGUGGAGGGGUUCUGCGAGAGCCUGGCCGUGCAGCUGCUGCAGUUCAACGUCUUCGUCUCCAUGGUGGAACCGGGCCCCGUGAACACGGAUUUUGAGUUGAAGCUGAUGGAAGAGGUUUCACGCUCCGAGUUUCCCGGCACCGACCCGGCUACCGUGCGGUACUUCAAGGACGUAUACCUGCCGGCUUCCCACGAAAUCUUUGCCACGUUGGGGCAGAGCCCUGCCGCCGUGGCUGAGGCGAUCGUGAACGUGAUCAGAGCCAGGCGUCCGGCUUUCCGCACGCAAACCAACAGCCUCUACACGCCGUUGGUGGCCCUCAAGUACGCGGAUCCCUCGGGGGACCUGUCCGUGAGGACCUACUACCGCCUGCUCUUCAACUACGGCACCCUCUUCCACCUCAGCAUGGCCGCCCUGCGGUGCCUCACCUGCGGCUGCUUCCGACGUAGGGUCACCCCGCUCUGA